AUGACAUCCGUACCAAAGACGCGUCUGCGUAUUGGUGUAUUGGGUGCUGCGAGAGUGCUUCGAAAGACAUGGGUUGCUAUUCAUGAUGCAGGACAUGAAAUAACCGUGGUGGGUUGCCGAGAUGUUUCCCGAGCACAAAAGUUUGUAGAUGAAUUGUCUGAUUCAGUAUCGUUUGUAAACAAACCUAUCGUUGGUAGCUAUGAGGAUGUUGUGAUGUCAAGAAAUGUUGAUAUUGUGUACAUUCCAAUUCCAGCAGCGAUCCGACAUAAAUGGGUCCUGCUAUGUGCAGAGCAUGGUAAACACGUGGUGUGUGAAAAACCUGCAGCUGCAUCCUGUAAAGAACUUGAGGAGUGGCUUCAGCGUCUUGCUGCGAAAAGACUUUUAUUCAUAGAUGGUACUAUGCUCUCUCAUGGGAAACGUGUCCAUGAUGUUCGUCAUGCCAUUGGAGAAAUUGGAAAAUUGCGUCGUAUGGAAGCGCAUUUUACUUUCUCCGCUUCUGAUGAUUUUAUACAGAAUGAUAUUCGAUUAGAUCCUGCACUUGAACCUAUGGGAGCGCUUGGAGACCUUGGGUGGUAUUGUGUACGCUACUUUCUUCACAUGGUAGAUUUUACUCUUCCUAGUGUGGCAAUGGGACGUGUGGUGCAGCGUAGUGGUCCAAAAAAUGGAAUUUCCGCCUUCUCUGGUGAUCUUCUCUUUACUGUGGACGGAGAUCCUGUUUGGGCGUCAUUUUUCUGUUCAUUCCACUCCGCACAUGAGCAACUUGUGCGUCUUCAUGGUGAUGAUGGUAUGAUUACGGUCCAUGGGGCUAUUAAUCCCACGGAUGUGGAGGUGCCUACGUAUACGAUAGAGCGUGGCACACUUGCGUGGAGUGAUGGUCUGCCGACAUUCCAGCGAGAAGUGACGUCGCGGCGGUCAGCGGAGGACUGCAGUUUUCAAAUGGUGCAGUUGUGGCGGGAUGUCGCCGUGGCGUUAAUGCGCGGGGAGUCGCUGGCGGCGAUGGUGGUGCCGGAGAAGAGUGGCCCGUGGGCCCGCAGUGCGUGGGCAACGCAGCGGGUCUGUGAGGCCCUCCUGCAAUCUGCACAGAGCAGCGCAGCGCGGGCAGCAGCGGCAAUGGCAACAACAACAACAACAACAACAACAACAGCGGUUGGGAUGGGCAGUGAGAAGGGAAAUGAGGAUACCACCAGUGUAAAGGUGGUGGAAUCAGGCGUACGACCAACUACAACUACAACUACUACAGCAACAGCAACUACAGCUACAGCGACAACGACAACAGCAACACCAUUGGUAGGGACAGUGGUAAGACCAGAAGCGCCAGUGCCAGUAAUGCCGAUGCCGCAAAUACCAGCAUUUGUAGCAAAUAAAACGAUGACCGCAGAUGUGGAGGUGUGA